UGGAGGAGACGCAGAAGAAGUCAGCUGUUCAGGACGGGAACGUUAGCAUUAAAGCUAAAUCCAGCGCGUGGAAUAAUCACAGCGGUUUAUUUCUGCUUCGUUAUUAUCAGUUAAAUUUGUAUUUUGUCCUCCGUGAAGCACACGCCGAGAGGACGAAUAAACUCUUUCUGUUUUCCUGAAGAAGCUUUAUUCUCAAGCAGUAAUCAUGACCGAACCAGAAGUCAACCCAAAGGCGUAUCCUCUGGCUGACGCCACUUUAACUAAAACCAUUUUGGAUUUGGUGCAACAAGCCUCUAACUAUAAACAGCUGAGGAAAGGAGCUAAUGAAGCCACCAAAACACUCAAUCGUGGGAUCUCAGAGUUCAUUGUGAUGGCUGCUGAUGCAGAGCCUCUGGAGAUCAUUCUUCAUUUGCCACUGUUGUGUGAGGAUAAGAACGUCCCGUAUGUGUUUGUGCGCUCCAAGCAGGCCUUGGGUCGAGCGUGCGGAGUGUCUCGGCCUGUAAUUGCCACUUCGGUCACUAUAAAGGAGGGCUCACAGCUGAAGCCUCAGAUCCAGUCUGUGCAGAUGGCCAUUGAGAGACUGUUGGUCUGAUUUGGGAAAGACAAAAUGCCGACGAAUGUUUUGAAUGAGCUUACUUUUUUUUUUUUUGAAAACAUUGAAGUGUUUGUCAUUUUAAUUCAGAUGUUCUUGUUUUCUGGUGUACAAUUUAAAUUAUAUAUAUACACAUCUGGUUUUGUUACAUUUGACUCAACUUUUGUAAAAAUCAGUUGAUACACGUGAGCAUUUUCCAUAGAAACUAUUUUACUUGCUUGUAAUAAAUGA